AGGUAGUGAGCUGGUGCUCCAGGAUGUGAGGGCCCGCAAGAGCGCAGCGGGGCUCUCUCCGCCGCCCGCCCUGCCCUCCGCAGCACCAGCUUGGGCGGGCACUGCCCAGAGGUCCCCAUGGUGGGCGGCCCCCCAGGCGGGGACCCAUGAUCAGCGGCGGCAUGCCAGGGAAACCGAAGCACCUGGGUGUCCCCAACGGGCGCAUGGUUCUGGCUGUCUCAGAUGGAGAGCUGAGCAGCGCCACAGGGUCCCAGAGCCAGAACGAAGGCAGAGGCAGCUCCCUCAGCAUCCACAGCCUCCCCAGUGGUCCCAGCAGCCCCUUUCCCGAGGAACAGCCUGUGGCCAGCUGGGCCCUCUCCUUCGAGCGGUUGCUGCAGGACCCAUUGGGCCUGGCUUACUUCACCGAGUUCCUGAAGAAGGAGUUCAGCGCGGAGAACGUGACUUUCUGGAAGGCCUGUGAGCGUUUCCAGCAGAUCCCAGCCAGCGACACCCAGCAGCUAGCUCAGGAGGCCCGCAACAUCUACCAGGAGUUCCUGUCCAGCCAGGCGCUGAGCCCGGUGAACAUCGACCGGCAGGCCUGGCUCGGCGAGGAGGUGCUGGCACAGCCCCGUCCGGACAUGUUCCGGGCACAGCAGCUUCAGAUCUUCAACCUGAUGAAGUUCGACAGCUACGCGCGCUUCGUCAAGUCCCCGCUGUACCGCGAGUGCCUUCUGGCCGAGGCGGAAGGGCGGCCGCUGCGGGAACCCGGCUCCUCGCGCCUCGGCAGCCCCGACACGGCGAGGAAGAAGCCGAAGCUGAAGCCGGGGAAGUCGCUGCCGCUGGGUGUGGAGGAGCUGGGGCAGCUGCCGGCGGCCGAGGGUGCUGGGGGCCGCCCGCUCCGCAAGUCCUUCCGCAGAGAGCUGACUGGAGGCACUUCGAGCUUGGCCUUGCGCCGAGAGUCUCAGGGUUCCCUAAAUUCAUCUGCCAGUCUGGACCUCGGUUUCCUUGCCUUUGCCAACAGAUCUGAGAACCAGAGCCACCGGAAGAGCCUUGGGAGCACAGAGGGUGACAGCGAAAGCCGUCCAGGAAAAUACUGCUGUGUGUACCUCCCAGAUGGCACAGCCUCCUUGGCCCUGGCCCGGCCCGGCCUCACCAUCCGAGACAUGCUCGCAGGCAUCUGUGAGAAGCGAGGACUCUCUCUGCCUGACAUCAAGGUCUACUUGAUGGGCAAUGAACAGAAGGCCCUGGUCCUGGAUCAGGAUUGCACUGUGCUGGCCGACCAGGAAGUGCGGUUGGAGACCAGGGUCACCUUUGAGCUGGAGCUGUCCACGCUGGAGCGUGUGGUGCGGAUCGCGGCCAAACCCACCAAGCGGCUGCAGGAGGCGCUGCAGCCCAUCCUGGGGAAGCAUGGCCUAAGCUUGGAGCAGGUGGCAUUGCACCGGCCAGGCGAGAAGCAGCCGCUGGAUCUGGAGAAGCUAGUAAGCUCUGUGUCUGGCCAGCGACUGAUUUUGGACACUCUUCCAGGUGUGAAGAUCCGGGACGCCAGCCACAUGGCCUCCUGUAGCAGCAGCCGGUGUGCAGGAGUCCUGGGGUGCCUUCUUCCACCUGCUGCCUUUACCGCACCCCCUGACUGUGGCUCUGACCCCAUACUCUUGCAGGGAUGUCCUUCUAGAACCCAGAACAAGGCCACUCACGCCUCUUCACUGCCCCCCAGUUCACUGGUGGAGGUACCCAGUAGUUCGGCCGACAAACGACAGACCUUUGACAUCGAAGGCCUGGUGGAGCUACUGAAUCGGGUACAGAGCAGCGGAGCCCACGACCAGAGGGGCCUUCUCCGAAAAGAGGACCUGGUGCUUCCAGAAUUCCUGCAGCUUCCUGCCCCAAGGCCCAGCUCCCAGGAGACUCUACCACAGACUGAACCUGCUGCCCAACCCAAGCGGGGGUCCGGGAGCUCCACUGCCCACUCAGCCCUCUGACACCUGUAUAACAUCCAAGCCAGCUGCACGGCACCCCGCGGGCCAAGCAUGCUAUGGGUCCGUUCUGCAUGCCCUAUCUGUGCCCUGAAUGUCCCUGGUCCCCUCCUGCCAUGGGCAGGCCCAUGGGAGGAGGAAGAGAGGGGGAUUUAGAAGGGCCACCCCCACAGCUGUAGCUACCAGGCCCCUCACAUCCAUCCCUUGCAGCCUGGUCACCGGGUGGGGGUGGGCCGGGCCCCUUGGUGUCCCCAGCAUAGAGGGAUGGCGUUGGCAGUGCCAGCCUCCCCAAUCUGUGCCAAGCAUCUGCAGGAGGAGGGGCUGGCCCCUGGAGGUGCAGGUGGGCAGCCCCGCUCUCUGGCCACAUAGAAUCAACUGUACAUACAGAUCUCAUGGUUGGCUGGGGACAGCUGGGUUUGUCCUGUAUGUAUGAUAUUGUUUCUGUAAUAAUAAUUAUUAUUCUGCCAA